AUGGCUCCUAUAAUACCAAUACUACAAGCCGAGCGCCCGCAUGAUAAGCCCGUCCCUAGAGGACCUAAAUCUCCAGCUCGGACUGCGCAGAUACAAUCGCAGAAUCGAAGGCAUCCUGUGCUAUAUGAGCGGCUAGUCAAGAGGCUCCAGACAGCUUCAGAGCGUGAGGCUGAGGGCAAAGCAAAAGGCUAUGGUCGGACGCUGGAGGCUGAUCUACAACGAGGAGAAUCCAAACUCUCUCAACUCAAGGAAAGCGACGGAGCCGGGAAUUCAAUUGGUGAUCUUGAGCAUCCCUGGGAGAAGCCAGCCGCUGACAAGGCUCACGGUAUACUCUUAUGGCAUGCCUUCCUUGAAGAGCGAUUCGUCCAUGGCCUGGACGAAGAUUUUGACUAUAGGCCAGUCGAUGCUAAUGAAGAUCUCGAUACCAUGCUUAGACGAGAUGCUCAAGAUGCGUGGUUCGAUGAUGAAGAACCAAGCUGGAUAGAUGAGGAUGAACCAUCGGUACAAGCAGCAAGGCGGCAGGGUGAGACUGGCGUCCAGGACUUUUAG